AUGGGCAUAAAGGAUCUUCUCAGAUUCAUGAAACCUUACAUUCUUCCCAUUCAUAUCCAGAGAUACGCCGGAAAACGGGUGGGAAUCGAUGCAUAUUCAUGGCUACACAAAGGAGCAUACUCUUGCAGCAUGGAGCUAUGUUUAGACACUGAUGGGAAGAAGAAGCUGAGGUAUAUUGAUUACUUUAUGCACAGAAUCAGUCUUCUACAACACUACGAGAUUAUCCCAGUUGUUGUUCUCGAUGGUGGUAAUAUGCCCUGCAAAGCUGCCACUGGAGAUGAACGUCAUAGGAAGCGAAAGGCGAAUUUUGACGCUGCAAUGGUGAAGCUUAAGGAAGGGAAUGUUGGAGCAGCUACUGAGCUUUUUCAGAGAGCAGUUAGUGUAACAUCGUCCAUGGCUCACCAAUUGAUUCAGGUUCUGAAAUCAGAAAACGUAGAAUUUAUUGUAGCUCCAUAUGAGGCUGAUGCUCAGCUAGCAUACCUAUCCAGCCUCAACCUGGAACAAGGCGGGAUUGCUGCUGUUAUAACCGAGGACAGCGAUUUACUUGCAUAUGGCUGCAAAGCUGUUAUCUUUAAGAUGGAUCGGUAUGGUAAAGGGGAGGAACUGAUUUUAGAUAAUGUUUUUCAAGCCGUUGAUCAAAAGCCUUCUUUCCAGAACUUUGAUCAAAAGCUAUUCACUGCAAUGUGUGUGUUAGCCGGAUGUGAUUUUCUCCCCUCGGUUCCUGGUGUUGGCAUUUCGAGAGCUCAUGGAUUCAUCUCCAAGUACCAGAGUGCAGAACGCGUUUUGUCAGUACUCAAGACAAAAAAGGGCAAACUUGUUCCUGAUGAUUACUCCAGCUCUUUCAUGGAAGCAGUUUCAGUUUUUCAGUAUGCUCGUGUAUACGACGUUGAUGCUAAGAAGCUUAAGCACUUGAAACCCCUCUCUCAAGAUCUCCUGAAUUUACCAGUUGAUCAACUUGAGUUCUUGGGACCAGAUCUGUCACCAUCUGUUGCUGCUGCAAUUGCUGAAGGGAGUGUUGAUCCCAUGACAAUGGAGGCUUUUAACCGCUUCUCAGUUUCUAAGCGAGAAUUGAAGACGCCUGUUCGAUCAUUCAAGGAACAGGACACGAGAAGCUCCUUUUUGGUAUGUUCUUUGCCUGAAAAUGUGGAAAAAAUAGAGCUCAAAAGGACUGCAGAUGAAGCUAUGAUCGAUCCAGAAACUGUUCUAAAGGAGGUAAAGUACUCCAAACAAGAUUCAGAUCUACACAAACUGGUGUUGCAGCCAAACAAGGAUCAGCAUAUGAUUAUGCCGACCAGCAACACUUCGAUGAUUCCGGAUAACAACCCGUUCAAGAUAAGGAAAACUAAUGAAAUCAAUAUGGAAUUCGCAGAGUACGGUUUGCAAGAACUUGAGGUUCCCUUUGGGAUCAAAAGCCAAGCAAUGGAUGUGUCUUCUUCUCCACCAAACUCUAACGAACAUGAUUGUUCAGAGGAUCAAAACAAGGUUACAUUCGAUUUAUCCAAGCUUGAUGAUUCUGAAAUCAAUAAAGACUCUCAGAAGAACAGAGAGAAGGAAAGAUCCGAAUCCGUAGAAGAAGAUCUUGUCGAAAUUCAAGAUCAUGUGAACAUUACGACGAAGAGAGUGCGUGGAGCACAGCCUAGAACCGAGAGUUUCAAAGUGAAAACAAGCUGUAGAGGUUCAGAGAACAAGAAGACUAAGAUCAAUAAGAAAAGCAGUAUAUUAAAUUUCUUUCAUCGAUUGUAG